AUGGGCUGUGUCACAGCAUUGAUAAUACAAACACCGUCAUAUCACAUGACGACGACUAAUAAAACGCUUGCAGUAAAUAAACGACGCGAUUUUUUACGCAUUUAUGUUGUUGUUUAUUUACAAAGAAAGUACCCUGUUGUGGGAGCACCGAUGGAGAGCGCUCACAAAGGUCCUUUAGGUCUUGAGGCAGUAGGAAGCAAUGAUGAAAAGACAAACAAUGAACCGCAUGAUAGGAAAGUGAAUGAGAAGAGAAAGGAUGAAGAUGCAAGGAUAAGAUCGAAUAGCUUGUAUCCUAAGCUCUCGCAAUCGACAACGAUGGGAACACUUGAAAAAGUCCAUGAAUGGCUGUCUAAACUUGAAACAACCGCAUUAGACUUUGCAUCAGACGCACUUCUCAAGGACGCUAGCAUGAAUUCUAGCUCCCAAAGACUCAAGCGACUGUCGCGGCAGUCAGGCAACGAGGAAUAUCGUCGAUUUCAGAGGGUAAUUCAAGAUCAAAAAUGGAGGGCCAAGCGACGCCGUGGUGACUUGAAACGCUGA